UUGAUCAAUCUGACUUUUGGGAUGCUGAAUUAAAUGAAAGUACCAUAAUUUAGUCAGUUUAAUUCGAGUUAACACAUGCCGCAUAUAGAAUUUGUAAGGGCCUGUGUAUGAAGCUUCAUAAGGUGCCAGAGUAUUAAAGAAAAGAAAAAAAAAAAAAACUCCCCUCUCCUUUUUUUCCCAAUGGCAAACCGGUACUGUUUUUCGUGAGUAGAAAAAUAAAUUAGUGCUAAAAACACAACUCCCUCCCUCUCAUUCACACAUCCCAAGACCCUUCUCUCUUUCCCUCAUUUUCAAAGCCUCUAUAAGGAGGGACAUGUAGCUUAUUUGACGUCCAAGGCCCGGCAUCUCACCACCAUCCAUCAAAGAACACCUCUCCUUAUAAAAGGUCAACAUUCUCCUUUUCUUUUUACUCCCUUUUGCUUUAUCACCUCCCACCACAUCCUCUUUCUUUAUUUUUUUUCGUCUAUAUAUCGCUCUUCCUCCUCUCUUUUCCUUCCCUUUCCUCUCUCUCUCUCUCUCUCUCUCUCUCUCUCUCUCAUUACACUUUAGUCAUUGCCUCCAACUCCCUCUCAGCUUUGAAUCCAAUUCCUGUUCUGUUUUCAAUCCUCUGGUUUCCUCUGUUUUCAUCCAGACAAUCCUGCCUUUUGUACUGACUACAGGUUUCCAUUGCAAUCCUCAUCUGGGUAUUUUUCUGCUUCCGUUUUUCCUCUGUUUCCAUCCAUUGAAAGAGAGAAAACUCCUGCCUUUUGUUUCAGUUCUUGGGUCUAAUUCCAAAAUCCUCAUCUGGGUAUUUCUCCUUUUCUGGUCUUCAUUCCUCUGUUUUCCUCCGUUCUAACCCAAACAUCCAUUUAAAGAGCAAAGGCUCUUGCCUUGCCUUCUGAUUCUUGCCUUUUGCUUCAAAUCCUCAUCUGGGUCUUUUUAAUUUUGGUGGGCCGUUGCCUUUUUUCGCAUUUUUUGUCAGGUUUGUAUGGAAAAGGAUAAGUUCUUUGUGAAUGUCAGCAACUCCCCUCUUCAACCCAAUUGGCACUCUCAAUCGUCAGGCACGGACAUUCGACUCGGAAACAUGAAUUGUGUACCUGAGCAACUGCAAUCCGGUUUUCUCAAUUUGAAUUGGGAGAAUUCGUUGGACCAUAGUGCACCCUUCGAACCGGCAUUGAACUCAAUCGUCUCUUCACCAGCAACCGUGGCCACCUCUUACAGUACUACUUCAUGCUACAACACUCCCUUGAAUUCCCCAUCCAAGCUUAAUCUAUCCACUAUUCCAGGAAAUUCGAUGACGGCCCCCACCAGUUUGGUUCCAUUCUCAGCUGAUCCUGGUUUCGCAGAGCGGGCCGCGAAGUUCUCAUGCUUCGGCGGUGGGAAUUAUGGAGGACCAGCAGGCCAGCUUGGGUUCAACGAUACUGAAUUGCUGCAUAGGUCUGUGCUGAAGAUGGGGAGCGGUAAGCUGUCGAGAGUCUCAAGCAUCCAGUCUCUUAGGACUGGAUCUGAGGUGGGUGUUCUCGAUAAUAAAGAGACAGGAUUACCAGAUGGGUUGGAGGCUGAGAUGAGGUCCAUUUCCCCUUCAUCUUUAGACAGGAAAUUAAGUAGAUUGUCCAGGUCUUCUACACCCGAUGAUGCUGAAUUCGCCAAUGCUCGUGACGAAUCAUCACCUUCCAAUGGGAUCGCAGGUGGGGAUGUCAGUUUGAAUGGCCCAAUUGAUAUCAAUGUGAGAAAAAGAAAAGCCUUUACGAGGGGCAAACCAAAGGAAUUCCUGUCGUCUCCCUCGGCCAAAGAUCCCAAGGUGGCUGAAGAAAAUGAUUCAAAUGCAAAAAGAAGCAAAUCUACUGAAGCGAAUGUCGCGGGAAAGGAUUCUGCAGAACAGAAUGGCAUUCCAAAUGCAGUAGACUGUGGCCAGAAACAAACCAAGGAUAACACAAAACCACCUGAGCCACCCAAACAGGACUACAUCCACGUCCGAGCAAGAAGAGGCCAAGCUACAGACAGCCACAGCCUUGCUGAGAGGGUUAGAAGAGAAAAAAUCAGCGAACGGAUGAAGUUCUUGCAAGAUCUCGUCCCCGGCUGCAAUAAGGUGACUGGGAAAGCAGUUAUGCUCGACGAGAUUAUAAACUAUGUUCAGUCGUUGCAGCGCCAGGUCGAGUUCCUCUCAAUGAAGUUAGCCAAUGUGAAUCCAAGGCUCGAUCUCAACAUGGAGACUCUUCUAUCGAAGAAUAUACUUCAAUCACAUGGGCCAGCGCCGAAUUCAAUGUUUCCAUUGGAUUCAUCGGCACCAGCAUUUUUGUAUGGUCAGCAGCCUCAACACGGACCCGUGCUUAGCAUUGCAUCAAAUGGGUCGGAGGCCCACGGUUCUGUAAUUCCAUUGGAUCUACAUCGAAAUCUAGGCGCUCAGCUAGCCGCCAUUGAUGGAUGUGGCGAUGCUUCUUCACAGCUUGCAAAUUUCUGGGAGGACGAUCUACAAAGUGUCGUUCAGAUGGGUUUCGGACAGAAUCUGGAAACAGCAUUCCCAUUCCAUGGCUCAUUGCCCACAACUCAUAUGAAAGUCGAGCUUUGAAUUCAAUCAAAGCUCAAAGGAGCUCUUGAUUUCGAUCAUUCGAAUGUGUUCUGAUCAUGGGAGGAUUUUGUACAUACGUAGAAGACAUUGAAUUCAAAUCGGCACAGGCACUUACAGAUCGAUCUUCAAGUCCGAGUGAACUUUCUUUUACUCAAUCGAUUUAGCAACCGAUUCUUUGUAAAAUCAUCACUACAAUCCAUGGUAAUAUCAUAGGCUAAUUGUGUCGAGUGGUGCGAAGAUCAGCACCACAAGUAAGAUGUAACAGCUGUGCGGCCGCUUCCAAUUACAUAAUGUUGGUAUUGUCGUUCGGAAUACUGUUGUUAGGAUUAUUAAUUCAAAUUGAAAUGUUACUCA